CACCCCUACCAGAACCGGACGCCCCCGAAACGCAAGAAGCCGAGGACCGCAUUCACGCGGCAACAGGUCCUGGAGCUGGAGAAGAGAUUUUCCCGUCAAAAAUACCUGGCGUCCGCCGAGCGGUCAGCGCUGGCCAAGACUCUGAGCAUGACAGACGCACAGGUGAAAACUUGGUUCCAAAACAGGAGAACAAAAUGGAGGUAG